ACAAACGCUGCAGAAAAUAGCGAAAGAGCCUGAAGUGCUGCUUUAUUUUGAUAAUAGCUGCGUUUCUUUUAUGAUUUUGAGGGAAAUAUACACGCAUAUAUUUACUAAAAAUGAGCAACAUAUACAUUCAAGAGCCACCCACGAAUGGAAAGGUGUUACUUAAGACUACAGCUGGUGAUAUUGACAUAGAGCUUUGGUCUAAGGAAGCUCCUAAAGCAUGCAGGAACUUCACUCAGCUCUGCAUGGAGGGCUACUAUGAUGGCACAAUCUUCCAUCGUGUGGUCCCAGAAUUCAUCGUUCAAGGUGGUGACCCGACAGGUACAGGAACAGGUGGGGAGUCCAUCUACGGUCGCCCUUUUAGGGAUGAAUUUCACUCCAGGUUACGAUUCAAUCGGAGAGGUUUGGUUGCCAUGGCAAAUGCAGGACCACAUGACAAUGGGAGUCAGUUUUUCUUCACCUUGGGCCGUGCUGAUGAACUCAACAACAAACACACUAUUUUUGGAAAGGUCACAGGAGAUACCGUAUAUAACAUGCUGCGGUUAGCAGAGGUGGAGUGUGACAAUGAUGAACGACCUCUCAACCCUCACAAAGUUCGAUCCACAGAUGUCCUACAUUCUGCCUUUGAUGACAUCAUACCACGUGAACUUAAAACUAAAAAAGAGAAAAGCAAAGAGGACGGAAAGAAAUCCCAGUCCAAGGCAACCAAAAAUUUCAGUUUGCUGUCGUUUGGUGAGGAGGCAGAGGAAGAUGAAGAAAUGGUCAAUCAAGUCAGCCAGACUAUGAAAGGCAAAAGUAAAAGCAGUCAUGACCUGUUGAAGGAUGAUCCCAAAUUAAGCUCCGUCCCAGCCAUCGACAGAGUGGAAGGGGAUUUUGAUAAGGAGGACACAGAUGAUGAAGAAGACACUGAGGACGACGCCAGAGGUGAAUCGGGUAAGGAGAGGGUCAGAGAGGUCAUCUCCAAUAAACUGAAGAAAGAUAAGACGGGGGAGGAUAAGACUGAAACCGGACAAGAACCAGUGAAGAAGACCUCUCGCAGUGAUGAAUUGCGUAAAGAAGCUCGCCAGCUGAAGAAAGACUUACUUGCAAUCAAGCAGCGAAGAGAGGAGGGUUCGAAGAAGAAGGAGGAGGAACAGAGCGAGGGUGAAAGUAAACCAGCCAAUGAGGCAAUGGCUGAGUACCUGGAGAGCAGGAAGAAGUAUGAGGACAUGAAAAAACAGAAAGUGAAGAGGGGGUCUGGUCGAGAGGCACAGACACUUGCCCUUUUGGAGAGUUUUAAAUCCAAGCUGACAUCUGCGAUCUCAGAAGCUCCUAAUGUUCCUGAGGAAAACUUUGAGGAACUAGGCGAGGAUGAGGAUAAAGGCUGGAUGGCCCAUGUUCUCCAAUUUGAUGAGCAAAGCAGAAAGGUAAAAGAUGCCAACAUGCAGGACGAAGACACGUUCGAGAUCUAUGAUCCGCGCAACCCAGUCAACAAGAGGAGACGAGAGGAGAGCAAGAAACUCAUGAAAGAAAAAAAGGCCAGGAGGUGAGCCAGCACACUUUACUGAAGUAACCUGCCUGUCUGGAUGGACCGUUUCUGUUGGUGAAGAGUCUGAACUGUCUUGAUGUAAAACAGCUUUACACGGCCUAUCGGAAAUAAAAUGCUGUUUGGAAUUCCUGGUUGUUUAUUCACAAUCGAGAUGCUUGUAAAAUUAUAAUUAGCUUUUAGUUGAGGAAGGACGAUGACUCUUAUACUGCAUGAUCUGUUGUACUUCAUAUAAAACAAUGUUCAAUGUACAUUUUU